AUGACUGAAGAACUUCUAAAUGAUGAGCAAUUCAUCAAGAUUCAACAAUUGAAUUCUUCAACAGGUAGUGAGAGAAGAAAUUCAAUGAUCGACCAAAAGGACGUCGAUCAAUUAAAUGGAAAACUUUCAGAUUCCUCUGACUCAUCAACCUCUAUUUCUGGAUCAGAAAUGAAUGAAAACGAUAAAGAUCAACUACAUCAACUAUCCAACAUUAUAAAUUCUGUAUCAUCAUCUGCAAAAAACCAAAGCACAUCUUCUGGUUCCUCUACCACAACAACAACCACUACAUCGAAAAAACCAAUCAUCCCAACUGAAGAUGACGAAAACGACAACAACAACAAGAAAAAUAUUGUCGUCAAUAACAUAAACGCAACAACAACAACAAUAUCACAAAACAAUUCCAAAAUAAACCACAUAAAACUGGAGAUCGCUAAAAUAAAUGGUAAAGAAAAAACAAGAUUCCACCGCGACUCUCACAAAUUGAUCUCCUUCUUCGAUGAUGUAGACUUCGACGUAAGGCCUUCUCUUAUUGAUGGUGCUAUGACUGAACCAUUCAAAUCCUCAUUCGAGGGACCUAUCUUGGAGAAACAAAUUAAAGCCUUUGAAAAAAAUAAAAAGGCACAUUUGUCUGAUCAUUUCGAAAUAGACAAAGUUUCUACCCCAAAUGAUUAUAAUAAUAAUAGUAACAAGUUACGAUUGGAAUCCAAUUUCUCAGGGAUUUAUAUCAUGCUUUGGAUGGUCCUGGGGUUCACUGCAGGUAGAGGUAUUUUAGAAUAUUAUGUAGGGCACGAUGGAUCCUUUAGGGAUUUGAUAGUUUUGAAGAUUAUGGUGAAUGAUAUUCCAAAUGUUAUUAUAUUCGAUGGUUUAAUGAUCUUAGCUUCAUAUUUUGUCGUCAUUAUUCAAUAUUUUAUUAAAGCUCAUGUAUUGAAAUGGGAUAAAUUAGGUGAGAUUAUUGCUUCUUUAUACGAAUUUGCAUUUUUCCUUGUUUUCAAUUACAAGUUGUUUGACGCAAGUUUAGGGUUCCAUUGGAUUGCAAGAAUUUUCUUAUAUUUACAUUCGAUGGUUCUUAUCAUGAAAAUGCAUUCAUUUUCAUUCUUUAACGGUUACUUAUGGAAUAUUACGAAAGAAUUGAAUUUCUCCAAAAAAGCAUUAACUAAAUAUAAAGAUGCACCCAAUGAUGAAAUCAUUAAAACCCUGGAAAGAAGUCGUGACUUUUGUGAACAUGAACUUAAGAAACUUCAAAUUCAAAUCGACGAUCCAAGUGAAAAUUUCCCAAAUAAUAUUACAUUUAAAAGCUAUACCAUGUUCCUUUUAUUCCCAACUUUAGUAUAUCAGUUAAGUUACCCAAGAAGUAAAAAAUUCAGAAUAUCUUAUUUAUUUGAAAAGACUUGUGCCGUCUUUGGUACCAUUUUCGUCAUGACUCUAGUUGCAGAAUUGUACGUCUAUCCCUCAAUUCUCAAAGCCGAUUUCAUGCGUGAACAUUUCGUUUGGCCACCAACUAAACAACAAACUUUAGAAUGGUUCUAUAUCCUCUUUGAAGUCAUGCCCCCCUUUACAGUCCUGUAUAUUCUAGCAUUCUAUUUGAUUUGGGACGCCAUCUUGAAUGCAUUCGCCGAAAUGACUUUCUUUGGUGACAGAUAUUUCUACGGUGAUUGGUGGAAUUGUAUCACAUUCAUUGAAUUCUCAAGAAUUUGGAACGUACCUGUUCAUAAAUUUUUAUUAAGACAUGUAUACCAUAGUUCCAUGAAUGUAUGGAAAUUGACGAGAGCACAAGCUACUAUGUUCACUUUCAUAUUUAGUUCCAUUUUCCAUGAAUAUGCCAUGUUCGUCAUCUUUAAAAGAGUUAGAUGUUAUAUGUUCCUUUUCCAAAUGUCUCAAUUACCAAUGGCGUGGGCAAGUAAUUCAAGACUAUUAAAGGAUAAAAAGGCAUUAGGUAAUGUCUUGUUUUGGGGUGGCGUUUGUUCUGGCCCAAGUGUUAUCUUAGCACUGUAUUUGUUUUAUUAA